UGGCGAAGCUAUGGGCCGAACUGAAGAAAUUCAUGGCGACGGAUGGCUGAGCCACCGAACGACUGGAACGCGCAACUCGCAGUCCGUUCGCGGAUUUCCGGCGACCUCCUUGAAGUGCUCCCGAUGAAAGGCUCCUGGACCGCGCACGAAGUAACACUAGCGCUGCGUUUGCAUCGACCUGCGCCACAUCUGACGUUGCGACUUUUCGUGGGAAAUGAACCCAUGGACCCACGGAGAACGCUGGAGCAGCUGGGUGUCACAGAAGUGCAGUUCAUACAAGUUGACUACUUGGCAGAUCAACAUUUGAACGAACAGUGGCGUCGCAUGGAAGAAGAUCUGCAGCAUUUGACCCCAGAGGUCCUGUAUGAUCUGGGGCAGGAACGCAGCCCGCCGCAUGAGGACCUGUACCUUGUGCUGCGUGCUGUGGCACUUUUGGUGCAGCCGGACAGUGACCUCAGUUGGCUGUCCAUGCGACGAAUGUUGUGCCACCGGGGCAACUUCAGAGAGACGCUGAGAAGCUUCUGCAUUGAUGACGUUCCUUUCGAGGUUUUGCUGAAGUUCCGAGACACGGUCGCAAAGGCACACUUCGACCGGGACAGGCUGCGGAUGAGAAAUCUGAAAGCUGGGUGGCUCUCAUCUUGGGUGCUAGUCAUGUAUCAGUUCGUAGCUGCCAAGCUGGACUUUUAUGGCAUGGGAUUGGGAUAUCCCAGCCUGAUGAACCCGCGGGUGUUUUGGAGGUUCAACAAAUCUUCGGAGCCUCCAGCAAUUUAAUCUUUAUAUGUUUAUACAUAGUUUUAUGUAUAUAGAUUAUGUAGUGCCCAAAAAACCGGAACGUGCCACUGCUGGUGAUCUAUUUUUCGAUGGUAGAGCGGUGCUCCCGUUUCUGCUUUGCUUUGCUCCAAGCAAAGUAGUGGGGGCCCAUGGCGUGUCCAUGGCAAUCAUUGAACCUGGC